GGAGUCGUCAGCCUGCAAAAUAUUGCUUCUGUUUUCUCCUCCAACGCUGUUGUUAGCCAGAUCCACCCCAAACAACUUCUGAUAUGGAAGCAGCUUUGGUAACUGCCACGGUUCGGUUCAUGGGCGAGAAGGUGGCAAAUCUCCUCGAACUCGACAAGAAACUCAAGGUGAUAAUUGGUGUCAAAGGGAAGAUGAAGAAGCUCAAGGAGUUGUCGACGAUUAUUGACACGGUGAUCGAAGAUGUCGAGUCCCACCCUUUAAUUGAUGUUGCUGUGAGAAAUUUGUUGAGGAAGAUCGAAUUCUUGGCCAACGAUAUCGAGGAUGUCGUGGAUUGCUAUGACACCGAAGCCUUGCGAAAGCAGAGAUCAAGCGAUUUUUUCAGGCCGGUGCGUGAUUUCUUCUCUUCUAAUAAUCAAGUUGUGUUUAAUUGUAGGAUAGAUGGCAUGAUAAAAGCCAUAACAGAUAGUCUGGAUUCUAUUUUGCUACAAAAGUCCUUUCUUCUAAAUUUGCCACAAAGCAGUAUCCACAUUUCAGAAUUAAGUUUCCACAGGGAGACGCACUCCCGCAAUAGUUUGGUUGUUUUAGGGAGAGAAACAGAGAAGCAGAUUAUUGUCAACAUGUUAACAGAUGAUGAAAGCAACCAUGAUACGUUGAAGGUCAUUGCCAUCGUUGGGAUGGGUGGCCUGGGAAAGACUACACUUGCUCAGCUUGUUUUCAAUGACGAGGAGGUGAAAGCUUAUUUUGAUAGUUCGAGAAUGUGGAAAGUUGUUGGGGAUGAAUUUAAUCCCACAACCAUAAUGAAAUCUGUUUUAGAAUUGGCUACUGGUGCACCAGUCGUCAUCUCAGAAAUAGAUUUAGUAAGGCGGAACCUAGAAAAAGCAUUAUCUGGGAAGAAAUUUUUACUCGUGCUGGAUGAUGUAUGGAAUGAAGAUCCAUUUGAGUGGGGUAAACUGAAAGCAGUCUUAACAUGUGGGAGUAGAGGAAGCAAAAUUUUAGUGACAACCCGUAACCAACAGGUCUCUUCCAUUAUGGACUCAUCCUAUAGCCACCAAAUGAUGCAGUUGUCCCCGGCCGAUUGUUGGUUCUUGUUUCAAAAAUUUGCAUUCGGAGACAAAGAAGUGGAUCAAAUCUUGAUGGAAAUUGGUGGAAAGAUUGUUGAGAAAUGUGGCGGUGUUCCCUUGGCUGUCAUAUCUCUUGGUAGCAUGCUCCGCAUCACUCGAGAUGAAACCUAUUGGUCCUCUGUAUUGAAUAGUGAAAUAUGGCAGCUGGGAAAUGAGCAAGUUAAAGUGUUAGCUGUACUAAAGUUGAGCUACGACACUCUCCCUCCACGGUCAAAGAAGUGUUUUGCAUUUGCUUCCCUAUUCUCAAAAAAUUAUAGAAUGUCAAAGGAUGAACUGAUAAAACUGUGGAUAUCAAAUGGUUUCGUACGUUCAGAAGGAAAUUUUGAUGCUGAAACAUUGGGCAACCAUGUAUUUGAUGAUCUUGUGAUGAGAUCAUUCUUUCUCUUGGUACCAUCUCAAGAUGUAACCAAGUGCACAAUGCAUGAUUUGAUGCAUGAUCUGGCACGAUCAGUAUCUGCAGAUGUAUAUUGCAAUUUUUAUCAAGACUCGAUGGAAGAUAUUGGAAAAAGAACAUAUCAUUUGAAAAUAGGUAAAGGAAAGUUACCAAACAUGAAACAGGUAUUAGGCAAGAAACCAUUGUACUUGCGCACCUUUAUAUUCCGAAAUAGAUUUUCACGAUUUUCAUAUAUCAAUCUGCAUGAAGUCUUCUCAGAAUUGAAAUUUUUGCGGGCGUUAGAUUUAACUAACAUGGGCAUCAGGGAGGUGCCAACGUCAAUAGGAAAUCUGAUACAUUUGAGGUACCUCAACUUAUCUAGGAAUCAUAUUGAAGUUCUUCCUGACUCCAUAAUUCUUCUCUCCAAUUUACAGUAUCUCAAUCUCAGUUUCAAUGAGGAACUUCAAGAGCUACCAAAAGAGUUAGGGAAUAUGCAAAAUCUUCGAAGUUUACCUUUCUUUGUUGCCGGGGACAGAAUUGGCGCAUGCUCAAUUUUAGAACUUGAGAAUUUGAAGCUUCAUGGAGAAAUGAAGAUUAUAUUUUCCAAGAAUUUUACUAAUUACUCUUGUGGUGGAAGAAAAAUCUUGAAGAAUAAAGAUCUUAAUGAAUUAUGCAUCAAUUUUAAUGGUUCAGAAAGAUAUGACAAGGAUAUGUUAGAUGAUCUUUGUCCCAACACGAGCUUAAAGAAGUUGGGCAUAUGGUAUUAUGGGAGCCCACAAUUUCCAGCAUGGUUGAUAGAGUUACAACUGCCAAAUUUGGUUGAAGUUCACUUCUGCUGUAGUUGUGAGCAUAUUCCUCCGUUUGGAAAUCUGCAAUUUCUUAAGAAGCUUGAAUUAUGGUUUAUGAAUGAUAUUACACACCUGGGUGUUGAGUUCCAUGGGUACGGAGGCUUUCCUUCCCUUCAAGAACUCCGCUUGUCUUGGAUGGAUAAUUUAGAGGAAUGGUCAGAACUUCAUGGUGUCGAUGAGUUGUUUCCUAAAUUGCAGAGUCUGACAAUUUUCUGCUGUCCUAAAUUGAAAAGUAUGCCGAGACUUAUUCCUAGAAUCCAACACCUUAAGAUAUCAUACUGCAGUGACAACAUACUCUCUUGUAUCGGAAGGCUAACUUCUCUUUCGUUUCUCGAAGUGGCGGAGAUGAACGACAUGGCAUCUAUUCCAAGCGGCUGCAUAAGAAACCUCACAUCCUUGACGAAAUUAAUAAUUACAAAAUGCAGACAACUCCAAUCUUUUCCUUGGGAUGAAAUGCAGCACUUAAAAAUGAUUCAUUCAUUGACCAUUGAAAACUGUGAUAAUUUGGCAUCCUUCCCAUCGGAAGUGGGCUGUCUCAUCGGUUCUCUUUAUUUUCUACGGCUCACACGUUGUCCUUGUAUAAUAUUGCAGCCAGAAGAACUCAUACAAAUCUUGAAUUCAGUACACGAGUUCCAAAUAGAGAUUUGUGGCAACAAAGUCAAUUUACGUGGGCAACUGCAAUACUUACACACGCUCAAAGAAUUGUCUCUAUGGGGUGCACAUGCGUAUAUAAUCACGUACGGAAUCGCAAAAUUAAGUAUUUGUUGUUGUGAUGAAUUGGAGUUGUUGAUGACAGCAGAACAAGCAAACAGUAUUGUGCUUGACAAACUAUACAUAGAGGGAAUUUCCAAUCUCACGACCUUGCCUGACUGGCUGCAGCAUCUCAAGUCUCUUCGUUUACUAUCAAUCCAAAACUGCCCACAAUUAGAAAGGAUGCCAAGGGAUUUGAAGAAUCUAUGUAUGUUGGAAACUUUGAAGGUUUUCAACUGCCCACAAUUGAAAAGAAGAUGCGAGAGGGAGACUGGCGAAGAUUGGCCCGUCAUCUCACAUAUAUCAUACAUUGAUAUUUUAUAGAUUCCUCAUAUUCAGUCGGACAUACUUCAAAAGAUUCAUUGGCUGAGAGUGGAGACUUCAUUUGUGCUCACCACAUUCUUUGUUUCUCUUUAACCUCAAGACUUCAGGCGAAGGUUUGGAUUGGGCAUGAGAAUUUAGUUGUUGCUCAAAUCAAUAUAUAUAAUGUGUUAUGAAAUCCUUUUAUUGCAAAUAAAUUUGUUUUAGUUACUAGUUUUAGAGAUUUUAAAGUUAUACAUGUGGAUUGUUAUAUGUCACACUAGGUUUUAUUUUGUUGCUAGAUACAUUGUGAUUUCUCUCUCCCAAAGGAUUAUUGCCGUGUGAGAUUUUGUUUUUAUUUUUUUAUUUAUUUUGAUAACUCAGGUGUCCAGCUCUUGUUGUUGUUUUAUGGUGUUGUUAUGUUAUAAUAAAUAAACUACUUGAUAUUGA